AUGUCAGAGCCUCCCCCACCGCUGCCGCUACUCCCUGCCACUGCUGCCACUGUGCCCCCCCGCCGCCGCCCACCCCCGCACCCGCCACGCUCUGGCGCCGACGUGUACGUGAACAUGCAGACGGACUUUGGGGCUCAGCUGGGCCGGUGCCGCCGCCUGCUGGGGGGGACCGCGGGAGGGGAUGGGGGGGGACCAGGCCUGGCUGAGCUGCGCAUCCACGGCCUGGGCCUUGCCAUCCCCCGUGCCAUCAACAUCGCGCUGCAGCUGGAGGCAGGUGCAGGGGGGGGGCUGCGCCUGCACCCCGCCACCUCCACUGUGCGCCUGGCUCCUGGCUCCCAGCCCCCCCCUGGUGACCCCGAUGGCCCCGCACCUGCCCCCUGCGCCCGCCACAAUUCUGCCAUUCAUAUCCGUGUUGCCCGGCGCCAGACCCAGUGA